AUGACUAUCGAAAUGGAUACGUCCUCAAAUACAAAUUUAGUCUAUUUAAUAGACCAAAUUCGUUCAAAUCUUUCAACUCCUAAUGGAAAUGAAACUAUGACAGAAACUCCUCGUGCUCAUGCAUGGCUUUUAACAACAUUAUCAAUUUAUGGUGAUCAAUUUAAUGUUUUAAUUGAUUUAUAUCGCUUAUUUCGUGAAUAUAAAUCUUAUAUAUUAUUAUCAUUUAUAAUUGAACAUAUUUUACAAUAUCAUAUAAAUGAAAUAGAUAAAAAUAAUUAUAUACAAGAAGAAUUUCAAUUAAUAUUCACAAGUUCUUCUAAUAGUUUAAUUGAAAAAAAUCAAUUUUCUUAUUAUCAUCUUUAUUCACUUUUAUCAUCAUCAACACGUGAUAUUAUAUCUUCAUUAUUAAUACGCAAAUGGUAUGAUGAACUUGAACAAAGUCUUUUAUUAUCAACAAAAUCAACAGAAUCAUUAAAUCAAUGUCGUGAAAAAGCUCUUGCUUGUUUAUCAUUAUCAUCAUCAUCAUCAAUAUCAUCAAUACUUCAAUUAAUAAUAAAUACAGAAGAUAAAAUUGGUUUUAAUACAAAAAUAACAUCAUUAAAUAUUUUACGUUGUUUAUAUGUACAAGAUCUUUUACCAAUUGUAUUAGAAAAUCGUCGACGAUUAAAUAUUCAACCACAUUUAUGUCAUAAAUGGUUAAUUUAUGCUAUUGAAUUUUAUUUAGAAUAUUUCAUAAAAUGUUUUAAAAAUAAUCAAAUAACAAAUAUUCAUGUUAAAUUAGAAGGAAGUUAUGAUCGAACAUAUCAAUGUGAUAAUCCUAUUGAACAAAUUGAAAAAUUAAUGAAUUUUGCUGUGAGUGCAAAAGAAAAUUUUAAUUGGCAACAAAUUGUUACUUAUCAUGGUAAUCAAAUUGAAUCAUCAAAUCGUCGUCAAAAAUUAUUAGAAUUACGUAUUCUUAUUGAUCGUGCUCAUAAUUCUACAAUUCGAUGUCCAUUAGAAUGUUUUAUUUUUUGUACAUCAUUUCCUAUUUAUAUUCAAUCAUUACUUAAUCUUUCAUCAUUUCUUAAUAAUGAAAAGUAUAAAGAUUAUGUAUUUAUAAGUUCGACAAUAUCAAUAAAAACUUUAAUAAAUAAACAAAAUGAAAUAAAUAAUUUUGAAUUAAUUGAAAAUUUUAAUUUAUUUGUUGAAUGUCUUAAUUUAUUACAACAGUCUCAAACUUCUUCAUGUUUAAAACUUUAUCAAGAAACAAUUGAUAAAAUUCAUUUAAAUUCGAAUAUUGAAAAUUAUCAACGUUUAUUAAAACUUUUUUAUUUUUAUUAUGUUAUACAAAAAUCUAAAACAAAACAAACUACUAAAUCAAUUGAAGAAACAAAUCAAAAUAAGAUAAUAGUUAUUGAUGAUACACCACAAAGUCCAACAAUGCAAGAUGAUUCAAAUAUGGAAUCAAAUUCCAUAGUUAAUAAUAGUCAAUUACUUGCACUUGAUAUUGAAAAUAUAUUAAAAAAAUUAAAUGAUAAUUCUCUUGAAUCACGUCUUCAAAUUUGUUCACUUUUUUCCAUAUCAAAUUUAUCUGAUCAACGUCAUUCAACAAUAUCAUAUUGUAUUGAUACAUUAAUAUAUCUUUAUGAAAAUUAUUCAUCAAAUAAUCAACAACAAAUAUUAUUAUCAAUUUCAAUUGAUUAUUGUUUUAUACCUUGUUCAUAUAAUAUUUUUUUUGAUUAUAUAUUAGAUAUUAUUCUUCAAAAUCUUUCACCAACACUUAUUCUUUUACAAAUAGAACAACAACGUUUAUUAUCAUCAACAAUAUCAUCGAUUUAUCCAAAAAAUUUACUACAUACAUUAUCACCAUCAUUACUUCGUUAUAUAUAUGAUCAAAAAUUACUUGGACAAUUAUUAAAAUAUAUUCAAACAACAACAACAAAUGAACGACGUUGGAUAGUACAUAAUAAUAAAAGAAAAUUAGAUGAUGAAGAUAAUAAAUUAACUGAUGAACAAUUUAUUGAAAAAAUUAUUCAACAUGUUAGUAAUAUAACACAAUGGACAGAUGAACAACGACGUCAUGCUAUUUAUACAUAUAUUAUUGAUCAUCGACAAAUUCUUCUUCAAGCAUUAUAA